UGGCGAUGAAGAAGCUCUUUCUCUCUCUAUCCAGCUUUCUCCUCCUCUCCACCACCUUCACCUUCGCCACUCAACAUCAACAGGGCUCAUGGCAGCAGCAGGGCCAGUGCCACAUCACCCGAAUCAACGCUCAGGAUCCUUCCUACCGCCUCCGCGCCGAAGGCGGUGUUUCUGAGUUCUGGAACCACAACUCCGACGAGUUCCAAUGCGCCGGCGUUGCUUUCCACCGCCACACCCUCCGUUCUAAAGCCCUCAUGCUCCCCGCCUAUCACAACGCCCCUCUUCUCGCCUACAUUCUCAAAGGUGAGGGAAUAUUUGGGGUGAUGAUUUCGGGUUGCCCCGAAACAUUCGAAUCAUCCCAACAAACCCAACGACAAUCCGAGGAGGAGGGUUCUGGCAGAAGACAGAGGUUCUUGGACCGCCACCAGAAAAUUGGACAAUUCCGACAGGGUGAUAUUCUUGCCAUACCCGCCGGCGCUGCUCACUGGGCUUACAACACCGGCGACCAAGAAUUCGUCGUCGUCGUUUUGCAAGACACCACCAACAACGCCAACCAACUCGACCAAAACCCCAGGUCUUUCUUCCUGGCCGGAAACCCUGGAAACCCGGGACAAGAGCAGGAGCAGAGCCACGGCAGCAGGCGCGGCGGCGGAGAACAACGUCAGCACGAGUUGGGGAAUGUUUUCAGGGGAUUCGAUGUUCAGACACUGGCCGAGGUUUUCGGAGUUGACGAGGAGACGGCGAGGAAGCUCCAGGGCGAGAACGACGAGAGAGGGCACUUGAUCAUUGUCGAGAGGGGUCUUCAGGUGAUCACUCCACCUCUCGCCGGAGAGGAGUACGGCCGCAGAGAGGAAGGCUACGGCGGCCGCGAUAACGGCGUGGAGGAGACCAUUUGCUCCGCCAAGAUAAGAGAGAACAUCAACAACCCAUCACGCGCCGACAUAUACAACCCUAAAGCCGGCCGCUUGACCACCGUCAACAGCCUCACCCUCCCCAUCCUCGGCUUCUUCCAGCUCAGCGCCGCCCGUGGUGUCCUUUACAGGAAUGCGAUAAUGGCGCCGCAUUGGUACGUGAACGCGCACAGCAUAGUGUACGUGACACGCGGCGAGGGUAGGAUGCAGAUAGUGAACCACAGAGGAGAGGCGGUGUUCGACGGGCAGGUGGGAGAGGGUAAGGUGGUGGUGGUGCCGCAGAAUUUUGCGGUGGUGAAGCGAGCCGGAGAUGAGGGAUUCGAGUGGGUGGAGUUCAACACGAACGACAACGCCAUGAUCAACACCUUGAGCGGCCGCACCUCCGCCAUGAGGGGACUACCGGCGGACGUGGUGGCGAGUGCUUACCAGAUAUCGAGGGAGGAGGCGGAGAGGCUCAAGUUUUCGAGGAGGGAGACGCUGUUCUUCAGCGGCAGCUCCUCCGCCGGAAGGGGAAGAGUUGCUUCUGCUUGAUUAAAUAAAUAUUAAGCAGACAUUUUCAUGUAAUGAAAUGUUGUUUUAAGGGUAAUUAGGUAAAUAAUUAAGCUAAGUAUGAGCCUACUUUGUGGCGUUUUUCUUAUUCCAAGUUGAUGAUGAUCUCUGUAUGAAUAAAGAGCUGAGUUUAUA